UGUGAUGAGAUGCAGCUGCAGGAGGAGAGAGGCUGCUGCUGCUGUCUAAGGAGGAGGAGGAGGAGAGCUGAAGAGGAUGACAAGUUAGUCUGCGUCGCACUCAAGUUCAAGAAAAAGUGCCGUUCAACAAUGUUCCUCACUUUUGACUAAUGAGAGCCACACGUAGAGCACUUUUAUAUCCAGAACCCGUUUUGGCCCUUCUGUUUGCAUGCCUUUAAACCUUAAUUAGAAAAGGUGAUUGAAGCAGGAAGAUGUUCUGCUGCUGGUUAAAAUUGACACUUUGCCUUCUCGGGCUCAUCACGACGAGCGCUGCCUCACCUGACGUUGCACCGGUGGAUUUUGGAGGAGAGUCCGGCUCCGGGAUGCUGCAGACAGAUGAGGUGAACAUUCUGCAGGAGCUUUCUCUUCAGAUGUCAAACAGCAGUAACGCCUCAUUGACUGUGGACGACAGCAGGUGUCCAGUCCUACAAGUGGGACAGUACUCCACCUUGGCUCUCUCUCUUCAACAUCUCCUCACUGACGGGUUUGCCGAUGAGUUCAGUUUACUGGUGCAGCUGCGAAGUCCUCAGAGAGAUGAACGCAGUGUCUUCACCAUACUCAGCCCCGACAGCCACGUUAUGGUGCAGCUGCGUAUCAGUGCUCAUGCCAUCAUCUUCAUAGGAACACAGCAGCGACACUACGAGUUCCCAGUCAGCGGUCUGUCUGACGGAAAGUGGCACCAUCUGGCCGUCAGUGUGUCUGCCAAGCGGCUGGCGCUGUAUGUGGACUGCUCUCUGCUGGAGAGUGUGGACUGGGUGUACCACGGCAUGGGGAUCGGCGGCAAUGGGCUGCUCAUGGUUGGAGGCAUCAUCGAGGGCUUUGAGACUCCAUUUGAAGGUCAUCUCCGACAGCUGAGCUUCCUGAUGGGCGACCCAGAAGCAGCCCAGCAACACUGUAGCCGCCACCCGCCCCGCUGUGGUGAGAGCGCCCCCAAGUCUCCUCGCUCCCCACGCACCAACAACGCCAGGGAGCUCGGCUCUGACAUGUCACCGAGGUGUUUGAGGGGAAGUCAGAUGCCCUUUGAAGCCCACAGCCCAGACAUUCAGACUCCUGCAGUUAAUACUUUUGACAGCAGAACCUGUUAUAUACUACGAAGCAUGAUAAAGAUCAUCGGAGGAUUUAAAAAUAUACUGCUGUCCUCAAAUGACCUGGAGGACCUGCUGGGGAAUCUCAAGGACGAGUCAUUGUUGAGUUUUGUCAGAACUAAUCUGUUUCUGCGGCGAGGGAGUUCUCGAGGGGACGGGACGGUGCCUUCAGGAUCCAAUCGGAAAGGUUCAGUAGGUCGUGGGGAUGUCUUUGUAGUGGACGAGGACACAGACUUGUUGGAUCCGACCUUCCACAUUGGUGGACAAGUCAACCCUCAGUGGAAACCUUCCAGAAAUGUACUUAAGGGAAGCCAAAAAGGAAAGCCUGAACUGCCCUCUAAACAGGAGGAGAACAUUACCACAGACAAGAAGGCUGACUCCGGUGGGAGGACGACACCGCUUUCCCCCGGAAAACCAUUCGGUGACAUCAUUGACCUGGAUGUCGGAGGUGCCCCCAAAAAGCCCUCAGUGGGAUUUCCUGUACCUAAGAUCCCAUCAGAUCCCAGAACGUCCACAGACUCUGGGACAUCUGCAAAGGCGGUAGUCGAGGAGGGGAGACCCAUCACCAAUGGUAAACAACCAGACAAUGCCAUUGUUACCAUUGUAUCCAAAGAAGAAAACCUGGUCCUGGGCUCAGAUGGCAAAAUGUACCGGCUCCAGAGAGGACCAAUGGGCCGAAUGGGUCCCUCAGGGCAAGAAGGCUGUCCUGGUGAGGCUGGCCCGCCUGGGUUUAAAGGUGAUAAGGGUAAACUUGGCCCUGAAGGGCGUUCAGGAAAAACAGGGGAGCCAGGAGCUCCUGGACCGCCGGGUUUACCAACCCUCUACCUGUGGAAGAACACAGCAGAGGAAUGGGCUGCCUUUCAGCAAACCAAUUUCUACCAGUUACUUCAUGCUGGUUGGCCUAGUAAAGAAGGCCCUCCAGGACCACCUGGAGAGAUGGGCAAGCCCGGCAUACAGGGACCACCUGGUUACGCUGGGGAGCGAGGACGACCAGGGAUGCCAGGAGAGAUGGGCGAGCGGGGUCUCCGGGGCCCUCCAGGACGAGCCGGGGCCCCAGGGAGAGACGGGGAAAAUGGAGAAGAUGGUCAGCCCGGGUCACCUGGUGAUCCUGGAACGCCGGGCCUGUGGGGAUACAGAGGAGAACGAGGGUCCGAAGGGGAAAAAGGUGAUGAGGGUCUCAUAGGCCUCAAGGGACCAAGAGGAGAAAUUGGUGAACCUGGUGAGAAGGGCUCUACUGGUUUACUGGGCCCACCUGGUCCUGUCGGACCACCGGGGCCACAGGGGAACCGAGGGGGCCAAGGGCCAGAGGGGCCCCAUGGGCCUGAUGGGGAGAGGGGACUGGACGGCCCUCCAGGUCUGCCAGGACCGACGGGUGCAGCAGGUAUCACAGGAAUAGUUGGCGCUCAAGGAGUUAAUGGCUCAAGGGGAGACAUGGGACCUGCUGGCAGUGUUGGUCCCAAAGGCCCACAGGGGCCUCCAGGUUUAGAGGGACAGAUGGGACCUCCAGGACUCAGAGGACCCCAAGGACAUCCAGGACUGAUCGGUGCUCCUGGACCUAAAGGAGAUCCUGGGCCUGUGGGGCCCAUGGGUGCCCGAGGGGAUCCCGGCUUUGAGGGGCCCACGGGUGCUGCAGGGAGACCAGGUCCUAUUGGUUUUCCCGGGCUAACGGGUAACAGGGGACCAGAUGGGGACAAGGGGGAUCCAGGACCUAAAGGCAACAAAGGUAUUCUGGGGGCGGCAGGUAUUAGGGGUCCUCAGGGAGAGAGGGGCCCCACCGGCUCCCCAGGUUUUGCAGGCACCGAGGGCCGGCCUGGCCCCAAAGGCACGGAGGGCACUAAUGGAGAAACUGGUCCUCAGGGAAAACAGGGCAGCGGUGGGUUAAAGGGAAACAGGGGACCAGAUGGACGUAACGGCAAACCAGGACCCAGAGGGAACAAGGGCCGGCCUGGACAGAGGGGCCACACUGGCCAACCGGGUCCAUCGGGUUUGCCCGGGCCACCUGGACCAGAGGGAGCAGAAGGAAAGCCUGGUACACAGGGCCCCUCAGGUGCAGCUGGCAGCACUGGCAGUAGAGGGCCAAUGGGUUUUCAAGGAAUUCCUGGAGAGAGAGGAGCAGAUGGCCCACCAGGUUCACCGGGGCCACCGGGGAAACCAGGACCUCCAGGAUCACCAGGACCCCCAGGGGACAAGGGUUUCACAGGGAAGCCAGGCAUGGAGGGACCUCAGGGCCCAGUAGGCAUGUAUGGUGUCCAGGGGAACGUGGGCAUGCGUGGGCCUCCCGGGUUUACAGGAGAAAGGGGUGAGCCAGGUUUACGAGGUUUACCUGGGCCUGUUGGGAAGCCAGGACCUGCAGGACUGCCAGGUCCUUCUGGAGACAAGGGACCCCGGGGACCUCAGGGUCGUCCUGGAGAUGAAGGAUCCAAAGGGAUACAGGGCCCACCUGGCCCUCCAGGUCUCCCAGGUGGAGAUGGAGCAGCUGGAAAACCUGGACCUAGGGGAAGCCUAGGGUCCCCAGGAACUCAGGGGCCACAAGGGCCAGCAGGAAUCCCAGGCCCACAGGGUGCUGCUGGGAUGUUAGGAGCAGCAGGGGAAAGAGGAGACAAGGGUUUACCUGGCUUGCUUGGUGAUGCUGGCCCCACCGGACAAGACGGACAACAGGGUCUCCCUGGCCAAACAGGAAAUGAAGGCCCACCUGGACAGAAAGGAGACCAGGGGGACCAAGGGUCUUGUGGGAAACUUGGUCCUCCAGGGUCUCCAGGAGAGAGAGGACAUGAGGGCCCAAAAGGCUUACAGGGACCACCUGGACAAGUGGGAGGAGAGGGUGAUGUCGGGCAUCCUGGGGAACCUGGAGAUCCUGGAUCCGAAGGGGAGAAGGGUGAGGUGGGGCCUCCAGGUUUGUCUGGUCGAGAAGGCCCUUGGGGAGACCUGGGAGAAAACGGCGAAAGGGGCCCAAAGGGGGAGAAGGGCCACAAUGGGCUAAUGGGUGAACCGGGGCUGAUGGGUGAGGUGGGACAUGCAGGUCUGGCGGGAUUACAGGGAAUCACAGGCUCUCGGGGACUCCCGGGGCCAGAUGGACCUCAGGGCCAGAAGGGGGAGUCUGGCUCUGUGGGAAUUACCGGCCCUCCGGGGUCAGGAGGCCCUCGGGGAAUAACUGGCUCUCGUGGUGUCAGAGGAGACGCAGGGGGGCUGGGACCACCUGGUCCAGUAGGAAAAGUUGGACCUCAGGGAGACCAGGGAGCUAAAGGGGAAGCGGGGCCACAGGGACUAAAGGGAGAGACAGGAGCUCCAGGUCCACCAGGGGAACAGGGUGAGGAUGGUCUGCCAGGAAUCAAAGGUCCUCCGGCUCUGCCAGGGUUUGAGGGACCUCCAGGAGAGAUGGGCCCCCAGGGUCCCCCAGGUCCUCCAGGGGCUCCUGGAGUAAAAGGAAGAGCAGGACCUGAGGGGAACCAGGGCAUGUCUGGGGAGAAGGGAGACGAUGGCGAGAAUGGAUCACCAGGGAAGCUGGGUCAUGUUGGAAAGAGGGGGAAACGGGGGAAGGCCGGAGUCAGAGGGACCAGGGGAGACAGAGGACCCAAGGGCCAAAAGGGAGACUCAGGGCUGGUCGGCCUCCCUGGGUGGCCAGGGCUCAUCGGAAUCGCAGGCUUACGUGGAGAGCCAGGGGAUCAAGGUAGAAAGGGGAAAGAGGGGGAGAAGGGAGACAUGGGACUGCCUGGACCACCUGGAGCUGAUGGCAUGAAGGGUAUUCGGGGUCCUGUUGGGUUGCCUGGUCCACUGGGCUUGAAGGGAGAGCAGGGAAAUAUUGGUUUACCAGGACCGAGGGGUACACCAGGGAUGCCAGGGCUGCCUGGUUUGUUUGGAUUAAAGGGUUUGAAAGGCUACCAAGGUUUCCCUGGUCUGCCUGGCAGGAGGGGGCUCCCGGGUCCACCUGGGCUUCCUGGACCCCCAGGACAGUCACUAAACAUGACGUUGACUCAACUCAAGGACCUGAUGUAUAUGUCCGAUAAGCCCAACUACCAUGUGGUCCAGACUGUGCUAGAUUCUCUGCAGCAGGAGCUUCGGCUGCUGCUGGAUCCUCCUGAUGGCAGCAAGGAGCACCCUGCCACUACCUGCCUGGAGCUCUGGCUCUGUCACCCCGAAUACAGCAGCGGAACUUAUUACAUUGACCCCAACCAGGGCAGCCCAGCGGAUGCUCUGCUGGCCUACUGCAGCUUCUCUUCAACAUCAAAACAGACCUGCCUUCAUCCCCGACACUCGCAGUUGCCCAUGAAAGCCUGGAUGGAAGAAUUUUUUGAAGAAGGAUCCUUUCAGUGGCUCAGCAAGCUGGAGCAGGGGUUUCAGUUUUACUAUCCAGGUGCUAAUGUGGUCCAGAUGCGUUUUCUGAGGUUGCACAGUAGCACUGCCGUCCAGAAUAUGACCCACUCAUGCCAGCCAGGACACAGACUGGGCCAGGCAGACAGAGACGUCAAAUUCCUCACGGACUCAAGGAAGCAAAGUUACCUCGGAGCACUUAAAGACUGUGUGCCUGGAGAGGAGAUCAUUUCUGGACCUCGGGAGUCUGUGUUUGAGUUCGAGGACCUCCAUCUGCUCCCCCUGAGAGAUGUAGCACCAAUGGGAGGUGGAAACUUCACACACCAGUUUGGCUUCACCGUCGGACCUGUGUGUUUCAGCUAGAGGCGCUAGAAAACACUGCUGUCCCAGAAGACUCACAGGUCCAGGACACAGACCUCUGUUCAUCUCAUGGACACCUAGAGGACAACUGGAACAGAAGAUGUCCCUUCCUUUUUCUCUCUCCUUGUUUUCAGGGGAUUAAAUCUCUCAAGUUGAAUGACUCCGUAUUCAUGAAUUUGGGAGGACACAAGCGUACCCAGGCUUUUUUUUUCACAGAGAAGUCAAAUUUGUUUACAGAGACAUUUAUCUUGUAUUGAAUAAUUUAAAAAUGUAUGUGUUUUUUUUUUUAUCCUUUUUAUAUACAUGUUUUUUUUUCUGUUUGAUUUUUGUUAUAUAUUUUGGGCUUCUGUCAUAGCUUGCCCAUUGUCUAUAUAAAAGCCAGACUGUCCUAGCUGACCUCCUAACAAUGUGUUCUGCAUGGGGACACAGCUACUGUGGUCCCAUUGGCCGAAUGUGACCUGGCGGCCAGUAAUCUGACUCGCUGUCCACCACUUUAGUACUGUAAGUGACCUCAGGGUGUCACUUUUCUCAUGGUGCCAAUACGUUUUAUAUGAAAGACCAUUUCUUUAAUCCUAAAAACAAUAGAAGUGGACACUCACAUUGUCUUGGUGCUUCCAGUUGUCAACAGCACAGUUCCUCAUUUUGUUGUAAUACAAAACAUUUUGUUUUAUACAGUUUCAUGUUAUUGUAUGUUUUGUUUUUUUUACGUCUCAGGUAUGAUACAUUCAUGAGAUACACAUGGGCACUGAAGCUGCUGUUGCCGCAGUAUGUUGGUCAGUUUGGUAGUUUAGCAUUAAAACAAGGCUUAGGAAAUGUUUAAAGAAAAAUCCAUGAAAAGACCAAAAUCAACACUGAAUUAGUUCAACCAACAAAUAUUGUGUGUAUCUAAAACCUCAUACUGUAUAUCUUCUUCCACCUUGCCAUUGAGCUACAUUGUUGUUCCAAAUUUAUUAAAAACACACGAGUGAGGAACUCUGUUGCACUGAGUGACAUGUUCCUCCAUUACCAUAUACACACACUCUGUAGAAUCCCACACACACCGUCCUGCUUCCAGAAAUACUCACUAGAGCAUUCGAACUCCUGCACACUGUUAUCCAAAAAUGUUAAAGAAGUUUUAGUCGUAGAUCUUCAUUACACUUUAAAUGACAAUACUACGUAUAAGCAUGUUUAUUAUACAGCCACAGGCUGCAUCAACCCAUCACAAAGAAAAAAUGGGGUGGUAAAGUAUUGCCUUUCAAACAAAAAUCAUCUAACAUAAACACAAUGUAAGACUAAAAAAUGAAGUGACACAAAAUGGUAAUUCAGUCUGAUUAUGAGGCUUCCAUUAACCCCCAAUUUCUCUGAAGGUCUGUGAUAGAAACGUUUCUGCUGCUUGAAUCCAUUUUGUGAUGACUGUACAAUACUUUACCACAUUUUCAUUAGAUCUCAUUGGACUAUUUACAGUUUCAACUGUAGAAAUGUUAAAUUCACGUGUGUUUAAGGAGAUUCUCUCUUUUUCGGUUAUUCUCAUGCAAACCAAAGACUGAAGCUAAGCACCCAGCGUCUACAGAUCCAUCUAUUUCCUCCCAGAACAAUACUGUAAUUUCUUUCACUGUAAAGAUCGUGCAUAGGUUUGGCUGUAGAGUAAGUGCAAGAAUAGUGCCCCCGGCCCAGCAGAGCUUCUUUGGCCCCCUGGUGAAAAAUAAAGUGCCCAUUACCACCCACUUAGCAGUUAGUAAUUGCUGUCAACCUUCAUUUCUGCUUCAUUCGAUCGGAGUGCUUGGGUCCAGAGAAAAGAAGCAAGCCCUGUAGCUUCUCAGCAGAAUGAGGAUUUGGUGUUUGCGUCUGAGUCGGUCAGCAGUGCGUGAUGAGUGGUGUGCAGUGUGCACUGUCUGCAGGGAGUAGAGGAUUCAUUUGAGUGAGAUCUCAAGGAGUUAUGUCGGCUCAGCAGCUGGAAAACACCAAAACUUGUUUUCUUUCUUAAACAAAAUUCUCAGAGGUAGAGAUGAGGCGUGCCACUGAUAUAUAACAGGAAAGAAAUGUACUUGAUCUUAACUAGAGGAAUUGGAUAAAUGUUUGCUGUGGGUUGGCAAUUCUAGCCUGGGGUUUAAUAUUUCAUGUUUUCUCUUUAUAUUUAGAUUUGUCAUAUCAUCAUUCCAUAUGAUUGCCUUAGCUGGCUGAGACUGAUCAUUGUUAAUUUGUACUAAACAAGUAAAGUAUCAUUUUAAAAAAUCUGAAAUGACAUGCUGGACAUCUUUC